AUGGCGGAGGCCGGGUGCCUGGUGGUGCCAGAGCUGGGGUUCUGGCUUCAGACUGGUGCUCUGCAGCCCUGGGUCCCUGCUCGAGGCCGCCUCGCCUGUACUGUGAGACCUUUGGAGAAAAUCGAAGCCCAUUCAUCUGGGCAUGACCGUGCUCCGCCUUGGAGGAGGCAACGUCAGUCCCAAGGCCGGCUGCGGGUGCGCAGGCGCGCGGUGCCACCGUUCACGGCCAGCCCGGGUGCCAGCCACCGGCAGCUGCCGGGCUCCGAGAUGGCCUCCCAGCCGCCGGGCGCCCCCAGCUCCCCAGAGGCCCCGGGCAAGGGCAGGACAUCCCAGAGGUGUCACGCGCGGCCGCUCUCGGUUCCCGCUAGCCAUGGCGAUAGCGACACAGCUCGCAAAUUAAAAAGCGCGAUGUUUCCCGGUUGGCUGUCCUGCAUGACCCUGGCCAGGGCCUGUGGCCGCUUCAAGAUGUCGAACUUGGAGGGGUGCCAGAACGAACUGCUGGCCUCCCUGGACCCCCUGGCCCUGGACGAGGAGUUGCCACCACCCGAGACCCACUCAGUGCUCCAGAAGGUCUGGGGUGACCAGGAGCCCCUCUCAAAGAUUCCAUUUAAAACUCUGAAAGGACACCAGCACAUUGUGAGUUCCUGUCACUUCUGUGUGGAUGACACAAAGGUCCUCAGUGGCUCCUAUGACAGCACUGUGAAGCUGUGGGAUGCUGUGGACGGGUCUGUCGUUCGGGAGUUUGAGCAGGGGUCCAAGGCUCCUGUUUCGGAGUGCAGUGUCACGGCUGACAGCAGAAGAAUUACUGCAGCAUCCUAUGACAAGACACUGAGGGUUUGGGACGUUGAAACAGGCAAACUACUGUGGAAGACCAAGCAUGAAACCUUCGUAGUCUCCUGUAAGUUUUCUCCUGAUGGUAAAUACGUGGUGUCAAGCUUAGACAUGGAUUGUGGAAUCUGUAUCACAGAUGCGGAAAACGCCACCACUUUGUCACACCUCAAAGAUCAUCAUGAAAGGUCAGUCACAGCAUGCUGCUUUGACCCCGACAGCCAGAAGGUGGCCUCCGUCUCAGUGGACAGGAGCAUCAAGAUCUGGGAUGUCACCUCCCAGGCCACGCUGCUCACCAUUACCAAGGCGCACACCAACGCAAUCUCUAACUGUUGUUUUACCUUCAGUGGCCAUUUCCUGUGUACAAGCUCUUGGGAUAAAACCUUAAAAAUAUGGAAUGUCCAUACAGGGGAGUAUCGAAACAGUGGAGCCUGUGUGACUCUGAUGAGGGGCCACGAAGGUUCUGUGAGCUCCUGCCAGUUUGCAAGAGACACCUCUCUUCUUGUGUCUGGAGGGUUUGACAGGACUGUGGCUAUUUGGGAUGUAGGAGAAGGCUACCGGAAGCUCUCCUUGAAGGGCCAUACUGACUGGGUGAUGGAUGUUGCCAUUAGCAAUAAUAAGAAAUGGAUCCUGUCUGCUUCAAAGGAUAAGACCUUGAGACUAUGGAAUAUUGAAGAAAUUGACCAAAUUCCUUUGGUAAUCAAGAACAGAAAGACCCUGGGCCUAAAGGUGAAACAGUGUGAAGGAUGUGACAGGCCUUUCUCCACCUAUGAAACUGAUGUCUUUUCUGAAACAGUCAGCAAAUGUGUGUUCUGCCGAAUGGAUUCAAAAGACUUGUCAGCAGAGACCUCAUCAUCAGGAGAGGAUUCACCAGCAAGAUGGUGCAGCCCAGGCAGUGCUGACUGAUGGCCAUGGGGCCUUCAGAGCACAGGCCACCUGCUACGUAGGUUUCUGCGCUUUGCAGGGACCUUUCUCUGGGGUCCCUCCCUAGCCAGGUGGGCCUGUCAGACUGGGGCAGGUGUUGAGCCCUGGCUGGGUUCCCACCACCAUGACACCUCAGCUCCACAGCACCCUUGGGGAUCAAACACUUUGGUUUUAAUUUUUAUGCAGAAUAAAUUUAGAUUCAUUUAGAAAA